UCGGAUCACAGACGCCGGAAAUUGCGCCAUUUUGUGAAGUCUACGUAGCUAGUGUAGCUACCUAAUAACCAGCUACGUUUUAUAUUCAUCUAUCUAAGAUUUCAAUCUUUAUUUAAUAAUUUUAUUAUUGCAUUACACUGCAUUCAGCGGACAUGCAAGCCAUGAAUCAAUAUCAUAGAGGGUUUGGAGGCCCACCUCAACCUCAAAGACAGGGUAAUCGAAGAGGAAACAAUAGGGGAGGUUUCCGGAAUAAUUCUAGAUUCGAGCAAAAUCAAAGGAACCAAAAUCAUGGUCAAGGAGGUCAACGUCCCAAUAAUGAGGUAAAACAAAACCAGGCUCAAGAGAAACCACAGCAGCAGCAGCAGCAACAGCAGCAGCAACCCCCACACCAACAAAAACCAUUGCAACAGCAACAGGCACAACAGAAACCUGAAGUUGCUGUGAAACAGUCACCACAGCAACAACAAAAACCACAACAAGCACCCCAACAGCAGCCCAAACAACAGCCUCCACAACAACAACAACCCAAGCAGCAGCCACCACAACAACAACCCAAGCAACAGCCACAACAACAGCAGCAGCCGAAGCCUAUACAGAAUAUCCCUAAGCAGGAUUCUCAAGAUAAAGUGGAUAGAGUUUCUAACAUAGACCAAAACAACCAAAAUAUAAAUCAGAAUAUACCCAACAACCAAAAUCAGCAACAGAAGAAUAUUAACGGUAAUUUUAGUGGCAAUAGACAAGGAGGUAAUUGGCAAGGAGGACCAGGCAAUAAACACGGCGGCAAUAACUUUAUGCAAGGGCAAAACAAACAAUUUGGACAGAGAACUGGUGGCCAAGGUGGUCCUGGUGGUCCCGGUGGUCCUGGGGGUCCUGGGGGUCCUGGUCCUGUUCGUAAUCAACAGAGAAAUAACAAUCGUGGCCCCUUAGGACCUGAUGGGAAGCCAGUCCAAAGAGAAGAACAGAUGUUAGCAAAUAAGUUGAAGGAUUUGGUUGGACCUCUAUUGGAUUUGCCUGUAAUAGACCAGUCAGAAGUGAAGUUUAAUGGUCGAAGCCGUUUGUACAUUGGUAAUCUUACUAAUGAUGUAACAGAAGAGGAAAUUUUGAAUCUUUUUAAUCCUUAUGGUGAAACAGCGGAAUUAUUUCUUAAUAAAGAAAAGAACUUUGGAUUUAUUAAAAUAGAUUAUAGAGUAAAUGCAGAGAGGGCAAAACGUGAGUUGGAUGGCAAAAUGAGAAAUGGAAGAACACUUAGAGUUAGAUUUGCUCCACACAAUUGUGCUAUUCGUGUAAAAAAUUUGCCACCAUUUGUCUCAAAUGAACUACUCUACAGAGCAUUUGAAAUAUUUGGAAAAAUUGAAAGGGCUUAUGUCAGAGUUGAUGAGAGGGGGAAAACACUUGGUGAAGGAGUAGUUGAAUUUGCACGAAAACCCAGUGCCUUAGCUGCCAUUAGAAAUUGUACUGAGAAGUGUUACUUCCUGACAUCAUCACUUCGCCCCGUCAUUGUAGAGAGUUUUGAGGAGCCAGAUGAGUUUGAUGGCUACCCAGAAAAAAAUCUGCCCAAGAAACAUCCCGAAUUUCUGAAAGCACGAGAGGUUGGACCACGGUUUUCGGAAACAGCGAGUUUUGAGCAUGAAUAUGGAACAAGAUGGAAGCAGCUGCAUGAACUCCACCGGCAAAAGGAAGAGGCUCUCAAAAAGGAGCUGGCUGCUGAAGAAGAGAAGUUGGAAGCUCAAAUGGAGUAUGCUAAGUAUGAGCAUGAGACGGAGUUACUGCGCGAGCAGCUGCGGCAGCGCGAACAGGAUCGUGAGCGUCAGAAGCGCAGUUGGGAGAUGGCCAGUGCGGCGGCAGACCAGCGCCGCGAGAGUGAACGCGUCCAACUCAUGCGCCAGGAGGAGGAGCUCUCGCAGAAGAUGCGCCUGCAGGACGACGAGCUACGUCGCCGCCAACAGGAGAACACGCUCUUUGUACAAGCCCAGCGACUCAACUCUAUGUUGGAUCGCCAGGAACAAGGCAUGUUUGACCAGCAACAGCAGCCAAUGGAUGGAGGCUACAGAGACCAGUACGACAUGCCGCGCGGAGGUUAUGAUGACAUGCCGCAGGGACGCGUUUGGGACGCGCCCCGUCAAAUGGAUGAUUUUCCUAACAAACGUCGCCGUUUUUAAAUUACAUUCUUGUAACCAGCCUAUUACGUUAGGCAUAUCUAUUCCACCAGUGGAAUCAACACAAAUCUGAAUCUAUAUUUUUAAUGUAUCAAGUCGUUGGUUAGGCUCAAAUAUAAGGACGAUUCUAUUUUAACUAUACAUUAUUAAGUGUACAUUUUAUUACUACCGCGUUUUGGUGUUCUACUGUCACUUCAUAUGAUUUUUUAUUGACAUGACAUUUUCUAUAUUAUCCCAAUAUUUGUACUAACCGAAGGCUUUUAGAAUUGGCAGUUUAACUAUUGAAGGCGUCAAUGUUUUAUGAUUUAGACUUAAGCUGAGAAUAGAUUUUCUUUAUCAGAAAAAAAUGAAGUUAUUACGGGAUUAUAAUUUAUUUCAAAAUAGUUGUAAGUCAGCUCGGUUGACCAACGGAAGAUACGUACACGAUAUAUCUUAGAAUAAUUUGUAUUAUAUUUUGAAAUGUUCUCAUAAUUGUACAUUAAGUAUUGGAUUAACCUUGGAAAUCAAGUCAGUAUUGAAAUUUCUUUUCUUUUUCUGGAAUUUCAUUAACUUGUUAUGAAAAUAGAAUGAAAUUUUACCAAUUUUGCUUUUUGGUGAAAAUAUACAGCUACGUCUAUAUAAUUAUGAGUUACGUUCAUCUGCGUUUAGUAGGUACUACUAACUAUUUUAGUAAAGUUAAUGGAUAAUAAAAAAAAUAUCCCAACCUAAAGCACAUCGCUCCAUUAUAUUUAAUUCUUUUAUAAACUACCACACUAAUAAUUAGAUAUAUAAUGCCAUCCUCCACCGUUCGUUGUUUAGAGUUAUUGGAUGAUUGUCUUGGUUGUAUAAUCAUCACUUAUUCAUUUUGGGAGAAUGGUUGAUUAUCACUUGAUUGAAUGGGAAUUUGAGUAAUUAUUUAAUACAUAAAAGGACGUAAGUAUGUCCAUUUGCAGUAUUGCUAAAUAUACAGUCAUAUAAUUGAAAAUAUCACAAAUAGUACGUUUUUAUGUCUGAGUUUAGGCUUCAAAAUGACCAUCAUAACAAAAAACCCAUGGAAUACUUUCAUAAAUAAAAAUGCGUGUCAUUUAACUUGGAUAAAGUAUGCAUUUGUGUUGAUUUUUAGGGAUUAAAAUGUAUUUGUCUUUUAGUGUUUAAUAAUAGUCGAAUUAAAAGGGAAAUAGAAAUAUGUAACUAAGAUAUUUACGUAGUUUUUAAAUUUAAAAUUAUUAUGUUUAUGUCACUAAGCUGUUUAAAAUCUCUUGAAAUAACAAUGUUUACAUAAGAAUUUUCUUUCUGCAUUAGAAUAUAGGUAAAUAGUUACUUCGUUUUGUCCGCCGAAACGUGAAACGUGUUAAAACAUCGUUUUAAUUAAUAUACUUUAUAAUGUAUCUUUAA